CCAGUGAAGAGUGGCAGCUCUUCCUCGCCGCUAAAAGCCCGGCAACCUAACCUGUCACAUUUUUUUCAGCAGCAGCAGAGAGAGAGAGAGAGAGAGAGAGAGAGAGAGUGGAGGGAUGCUUUGAUAUAAUAAUUCAUGGCUUCUCUCUGCUGUUUUCGCUCUGUCACUCCCAAACUCUCCUAUCCUUUACUCACGCACCGUUACUCUGACAAACCCAUUAUCAGUCUCUCUCACAGAAGCCCCUUCUCUCUACCGCAUCCUCGAAAUCCCCACUUACGAGCCCUGAAGACGAGCUAUGGUGGCAAGGUUGAGCCCCAUGAUCGAAGUGAGUCUGAUUUGUUGAGGAAGCCUUCUUCGCAUGCUGCUUUUGAUGGUAGCUCGAGUGAAAGCGAAGAGGAAGCAGUAGAAGAGAAGAGGCAGUGGGUUGAUUGGGAAGAUCAAAUUUUGGAAGACACGGUGCCUCUCGUUGGUUUUGUGAGGAUGAUUCUUCACUCUGGAAAGUAUGAAUCUGGUGACAAAUUAAGCUCUGAGCAUGAGACAAUAAUCUUGGAAAAGUUGCUCCCAUAUCAUCCAGAGGCAGAUAAAAAGAUUGGCCCUGGAGUUGAAUUCAUUACACGUGGAUACGUUUGCUGGUGCUUCCGUAAUACAACACUAAUGCUGAUACUGGAUACUCGUUGGAUACUUGUAAAGAUUGAUUAUCACCCGGACUUCGAAAACUCGCGUUGCUUGUUUCUCAUGCGAAAAGAUGGAACGGAAGUUGAUUUCUCAUUUUGGAAAUGCAUAAAGGGUUUGAUCAGGAAGAAGUACCCCAAUUAUGCGGAUAGCUUCAUCCUCAGGCAUUUUCGGAAACAUAAUAAGUCAGGAUAAGUGGAGGAAAAAUUGCACUGCAAUGAUUGUGAGGGAUGGCAUCAACUCCUUGAUUGUAUAAUGAACAAGCUACCAUUGUGUCCGAGUUGAUGGUAUUGAAUCAUUUCAAGAUUCACAGUAAUGCUAAAAGGUUUUUCCCUUUCAUAAUAUUCUUGUGAUUGGGGCAGUUUUAGCUUUUGAGUAUAUAGUUUGGCCAUUGUAUGAAAAAUGAUGAGAAUAUUCUACCUUAUCCAGACCCUUGUAAGCAGCCAUGAGAGCCUCAUGAUUUUUUUUAUCCUUUUAUUCUUAUGGUCUGUGAUGUUCCUGUUUACUCUAUCAUCACUUGUAAAAGUUUCAUUUUCUUGAAGAUAUUGCUUUAGAUAUUGUUUUUAUUAG